GGGCUGGGAAGAAAGGGGCGGGACUUCUAGUGAGAGGCGGCAGGUUUGAAAAGGGACAACGGUUGGCGUUUGCUGAUUUUUGACUGCGUGUGGCCGCCCUGCGAACGCCUCUUCUUCUGUUGGGCUGCUAAUGCAGUAGGUGAGAGCGAGCACUUCCGGGAGGACAGAGGAGGGAGACUGAGGUGCCCUACAGCUCCUCGCAUCUGAACGCUGCUCCAAGUGUUUCCGUAGUGCACGGCUCUAGGGAGGAGGCUGGAGAAACUGGCUCCUGGAAAGUUGGAGGGCCAGCCCCUAGCUCCUGUUAAUUGAUUUUUAGUUCCCGAAAGACCUGAGGUCAGUUCCUAAGACACUAAUGGGUGUUGUCUGUGCAGUAUAGACUGGAAAGAGAUUCGACCAGAAGCAGACUAGGAGACUUGCAAGAUGGAAACUUUGUCUUUUCCCAGAUAUAAUGUCGCUGAAAUUGUGGUUCAUAUUCGUAAUAAAUUUUUAACAGGAGCUGAUGGUAAAAACCUCUCCAAGAAUGAUCUUUACCCAAAUCCAAAGCCUGAAGUAUUACACAUGAUCUACAUGAGAGCCUUACAAAUAGUAUAUGGAAUUCGACUGGAGCAUUUUUACAUGAUGCCAGUUAACUCUGAAGUCAUGUAUCCACAUAUAAUGGAGGGCUUUUUGCCAGUCAGCAAUUUAUUUAUUCAUCUAGAUUCAUUCCUGCCCAUCUGCCGGGUGAAUGACUUUGAGAUUGCUGAUAUUCUAUAUCCAAAAGCAAAACGGACAAGUCGAUUUUUAAGUGGAAUUAUUAACUUUAUUCACUUCAGAGAAGCAUGCCGUGAGACAUAUAUGGAAUUUCUUUGGCAAUAUAAAUCCUCUGUGGACAAAAUGCAGCAGCUAAACACUGCACACCAGGAGGCAUUAAUGAAAUUGGAGAGACUUGACUCUGUUCCCGUUGAAGAGCAAGAAGAAUUCAAGCAACUUACAGAUGAUAUUCAGGAGCUGCAGCAAUCAUUGAAUCAGGAGUUUCGUCAAAAAACGAUAGUUCUGCAAGAAGGAAAUUCCCAAAAGAAAUCAGAUAUUUCAGAGAAAACUAAGCGUUUGAAUGAACUAAAAUUGUCAGUGGUUACUUUGAAAGAAGUACAAGAGAGUUUAAAGACAAAAAUUGUGGAUUCUCCAGAGAAGGUAAAGAAUUAUAAAGAAAAAAUGAAAGACACCGUGCAGAAGCUUAAAAAUUCCAGGCAAGAAGUGAUGGAGAAGUAUGAAAUCUAUAGAGACUCAGUUGACUGCCUGCCUUCCUGUCAGCAGGAGGUGCAGUUAUAUCAAAAGAAAAUCCAGGACCUUGCAGAUAAUAGGGAAAAAUUAACCAGUAUCUUAAAGGAGAGCCUGAACUUGGAGGAUCAAAUUGAGAGUGAUGAGUCAGAACUGAAGAAAUUGAAGACUGAAGAAAAUUCAUUCAAACGACUGAUGAUUGUGAAAAAGGAAAAACUUGCCACGGCACAAUUCAAAAUAAAUAAGAAGCAUGAGGACAUUAAGCAGUACAAACGAACAGUAAUAGAGGAUUGCAAUAAAGUUCAAGAAAAAAGAGGUGCUGUCUUUGAGAAAGUAACCACAAUUAAUCAAGAGAUCAAAAAAAUUAAAUUUGGAAUUCAGCAGCUAAAAGAUGCCACUGAAAGGGAGAAACUGAAGUCGCAGGAAAUAUUUCUAAGCUUGAAAACUGCUGUGGAGAAAUACCACGAAGGCAUUGAAAAGGCAGUGGAGGAGUGUUAUGCUAGGAUAGACGAGAAAGCUGCUGAACUGAAGAAGAGGAUGUUCAGAAUGUCAGCCUGAUCAACACAAUUACAUGUCAUCUUGUAAAUAGCUUGCUAUCCUCCUAAUUUUUGCUUGGGAAGGGAAUAGUUAAGUUAAAGCUAAUGGAAGUAUCAGAAAUACCAAAUAAUGUUGCUUCAAUCUGUUCUUACAAACUCUUAUAAGUAGUUUUAUAAGAUGUAGCUUCUUUUAAAUUUAUAGUUAAAAUCCUUAUGCACUUACACACCUCUUUGUGUCUCUGUCCCUUGUUGUAUGUACCUUUUGGAGUAAAAUAAAAAUA